CCUGUGUGCCUGCCUCCAGAUCAUGUCGAGCACCGCCGCCGUAUUCCUCCAGAAGACGUACGAUCUCAUUCAGUCGACGCCGUCCGAUGUAGCAGAAUGGUCCAAGGACGGUCGAGCAUUCGUGAUCAAGAAAAUCAAGGAGUUUGAAUCGACAGUGCUGCCCAAGUACUUCAAACACGGCAACUUUGCGAGCUUUUCCCGACAAUUGCGCUUCUACGGGUUUGACAAGACCAAGAAACACGACAUCCGCAUUGUCCAGGAUGCGGCCGAUGGCGAUUCGUGCCAGGGAUGGUGGGAAUUCUCCAACGCGAACUUCCAACGAGACGCCCCGGAACAAAUGGUCCACAUUCGGCGAAAGACGUACUCGGAGCCGUCUGCGACGUCUUCGACGACGUCGUCGUUUGAAGCGUUGUCGGAAGUGUCCAACUUGAAGCGCAAGAUGUCGAACUUGCAAACCCAGCUGUCCGCGUUGACAAACCAGAUCUCAGCCCUUACGUCAGUUGUCCAGUCCUAUUGCGAACCUGACGUGGACGAAGUCGACAUGUCUCCGAAAAAGAUGAAGGUGGUUGCGUCUCCCAUGUCAGUUUGGUCGGAACGUGACGACGCAAUGUUCCUCUCGGACGACGAGAUCGACUCGGGCAUCUUGGAUGCGCUCCUGGAUUUCCCCGUUCUGUCGACGCCGUUGAUGGCAUUUGAAUUGUAGACGACGACGAAGAGGACCGUAGAUGCUAGUGGCGGGGUACAUCCCUUGAUAUCCCGUCCGUCAGGUGACGUUUGAGUGCUCACCUUUCCCAAGACUGAGCCCAAACCCUGUCAUGAUCUAAUUCAUCCGAUUCGUAUCCUUGGUGUUUUCCAUGAGCUCGCCAGACCUCCCAACCUCCUUCGGCUUUGUGGAGCGC